ACACUCCAAAGAAAAAGGAAAAAUUUAAAUCGCAUCAUAUGACCCCUUUAAUGGUCUUGUCGCUGAUUACGUUUCCCUCCAGUGGGCGCAGUUCUCAGGAGGAAUAUGACACGUGACGUUGCGCUCGACUUUUGUGUCCCAAAUGCUCGUUUUUUUGGUCGACAGGUUAUAAAAACGAAGUUGUGCGUUUAUUAGCUUGUUUACUGUACAUCUUGUCACACAGCAGCUUUAAGGCAUUGUUCUGUUUUUUGUUAUAAGUCAGAGAUGACAAUGAGGCAGCUUCACGCAAUAGAAAGUCAAUGGAGAGCGUUGGUUGUUUUCCUCCGGUGGGCGUGGACUUCAGAUAAUGACGCGUUGAUUAGAACCCCACCAGAAGUAAAGUUAGCCUUUGUGAACGUUUCCCUAGCAGCGCAGCAAGUAAAUUUGACAAUAAUAAACAACUAUAUUAUGAAAUGUACAAUAAAUGUUACAACCAAUAUAAACAGUAUGUUCAAAAGAUUCAUUUUUUGAGUUACAUUGUUUCAUUAGUAAGUGUGUGUAACGUUAAUGCAUUUGGUUCCCAAUCAUUCGCGCAGUUUGUAGGCUAACUGAACCAGAUGAUGUCAUCCUGUACAUGUUAUCAUUAACCACAAACUGUAUGUCAUGAGCACUAACCAGUCAAGUUCGAAGCUAGUUGUCUGAUUGUGACUUGAGUGGGAGAUGUCUGUUUCAGCUGAAGCUCUGUUGAAGCUGUCAAAUAUGGCGUGUGAGGAAGAGAGAACUCAGGAAAACCUGACCGAGGCUUCUCACAGACAAAUCCACAUAGAUGAGAUGAUACGAGAAUCUAACCAAAACAUUUGCCAGCACUUCCUCUUGGGCAGAUGUCGUUUUGGAGACGGAUGUCGACUGUCUCACAGUGUGCUUGACGUCCCUCAAACCACACACUCAGAGGAUGAUGAUACAGCCGUCACAGAAAAGCAGAGCAAGACCCAAAAAAAUAAGACUCAUGGAGAAAAGCAGCAUCUAGAGACUGAGAAGGAAGGGUGUAAGAAGAAGCCACGCAUGCGUACAGCUGAUGAUGUCAUCUCCAGAAUUAAAUGGGACUGCUCAGUGGACCCAGCUGAUUUUAUAGUGGGUCACCUGGACCGUUUCCUUGGGGUGCUGGAACGCCCAUUCUCUGACUUCUCAUGGGACUCUCAGGUAUGUGACUGUGAUUCUUCUGAGGAGCUGGCUCUCCCUCAUCAUAGGAUACAAUACUUCAGCUACAAAGGCCAGCGGGUGUGGGAUAGAGACAGUCGCACUGACAGGGUGUUCGGCUCCACGGGCCAGACUAUUUUGCCUCCUUUUGGCAGUGAGGAAUCGCAACAAGACAAUUUAACAACUGACACUGGACAACAUGAAGAGUUCAUUAACACAGGAGAUGUUUCAAAUGACCUAGAGCAAGUGAAAGAGUUUUCUGAAGAACAGGAUGAUGUUGUAACUUCAGUUACAACAACAAAUAAUAAACAAGAGCUGGGAGAUGCUGUAGAUCAUUCGUUUACCGAAAAUGCUGAGAAAGGAACCAGUGAUGACAUCUUAUUUUUGCAAAAACAAUCUGCACCAGAAGAUAAAAAGAUGGCAGCUACUGAAGAACUCAGUUUGACUCAGUUGGCAAAGGAGUUAUCCAUCACUCCAAAAAAAGAACAGACUGAAAUAGUGGAAGAAUGGAAGGACAGCUGGGAGGGAGUGAGUGGUUCAAAAGCAGAGCUGUUAUCAUUCAUUCUGCCAAAACCACUUUUAAGACAUCCACCACCAAACAGACCCACACACUUCAUCUGUUUCCGCGUGGACUCUCCCGCUGCUCUCCAGGCCUUCCAGCGCAUUCGGAAAAAGGUUCUCUCCCGCCUCCCUCAGUCAGAGCCGCUAUGGGUGGACCCCGCAACUUUACACGUCACUCUUUCCUUACUUGUCCUGAAGGGCCCAGAGGAAGUCAGAGCUGCUGCUGGGCUCAUGCGUACUACAAUUAGAAACUCCCACAAACCCCCUAUUUCUGUGUCUUUCACUCCAAAACUAAGGCACUUUAAUGGGACUGUUCUCCAUGUGACCCCACAACCCCUGUUCGAUGUCCAGUGCCUGAAUUCUCCUCUUCAAGAAGCCUUCAAGGAGAAGGGCUGGCUACACCGCCAUUCCCGGUGCCCAACGUACCAUCUCACCCUAGCCAAAUCACGGCAGCCCAUGACAGAGAAGAUGUUUGAAGGGAUAGGGACUGUUAAACUGGCCAAAGAUGUCAACUUCGGCAUGCUAGAAGUAAAUAAACUCGAUCUUUGUGUGAUCGGUCAUACAAACACAGAGACCGGUUUCUAUCAGGUUGUGUGUGUUGUGCAGCUACCCAAUGUGUGAAAGAGUCUGGUUAUGUAUCAUCUGAACUCAGGGAUGAUGGUUAUUAAUUACAUCAAAUACCUGAUGUAUUUUAAAUCAAGGAGUCAGUCUCAUGACUUCUAUGAUCUUAAUUAUGUGCACCUAAUAUCACUCAUUUAUAUUUAUAGAUGCAGAAAUAUCCCAAAGCAUGAUUGCUUAUUUUAGAUUUAAUAGUUGCAAAGACAAUGAAUUAAAGCAUUUUAAAAAAUCUUACAAUCACUUUUAAUUCUAUAUUAUUUCUAUUGUGAGAAAAGCCUUUUAUAUUCUUUUUAUAUUUAUAUAUUCUCUUUUUACAAAUGCAGUCAAAUUUUCAUAACGCAAGCAUUAGUGACACUGAAAGUUCUUUAUAUGUAUUCAUUUGUUAAUGUCUCAGACCCACAACUGAAAAUAAAUGCAUGGUUGCGAGUUAAAAA